AUAAUCAUUCAUUUCAAAACCUGAUUUUUGCUACACGUCUAACCCAAACCCAACACUGUUCUAAUUGGUAGUAACAAUGACUUUGACCUUGGUGUUACCAGUGGUGUUACUACUACCAUUGAUUUUCGGCUAUAACUACUGCAACAACGACACCCAUAUAUGCGACCUGUCCAAAACGAAGCACUUCAUGUGCCUACUAGAGACGGAUCUUCCUCCAUACGGCAAGAACACCACGUUCCACGCCCUGGUUCCGGACACCAAAAAGCUGCAGGUGAAUGCACUGGGCAUCCUGAACACCUUCCGGAACUUGUUCGCCAGCGGGCAACUCAUCACGAAUCGCAACAAGACAUUUCCCACCGCCAGGCGGAUGCGCAGGCUCAUCUGGGACGCGGAGCUGGCCUACAUGGCCCGCAGCCAUGCCGCCACCGUGUCCUUGAAGCACUCCGAGUGCCGGUCCACCGUGCGAUUUUCGCGGGUCGGUGAGUGCGUGGCCAUGUUGCCACCUAUCGACCGGAAGUUGGAUGUGUUCGACAUGAUGACCGCCUUUUUCAAUGAGAUGUUCGACGAGUACAAGGAGGUUCAGGAUCCGGAGACCCUCCUCCAUGGCUACGAUCCCGUCAAGGACUCUCCCGUGGGACACUUCACGAUCAUCAUCAACGAUCGGGUUUCCCGGGUGGGCUGUGGCAUUGCCGUGGGCUCCAACUGCCAUGCAAUGAAUAAAGUCGGCUUCUGUCACUUCCUGACCUGCCACUUCGACGGCACCAACGUGGAUAAUCAGUAUGUCUACAGGGCUGGCAAGCCAGCAAGCUCCUGCGCUGACUGGAAGGUCACGUCCAGCUCUUGGUAUGCCUUUCUGUGCUCAAACAACGGCGAAAUAUUUCCCUAUGAAUAAAGUUCAACAAUUCGCUCUUAUCUAUUUUGUAUUUUUAAAGUUCACUUAUUUUAACAUCAGUUUAAUCUAGUUAUUCAUAAAGUGACACUUCCACAUCCAACACUUAAUA